GCCGAUAACCUCUGCAAAUAAAUACAGGGGAAGCAACGACGCCUGCCAACACCAGCGUCGCUGCUCGGAAACAGUUGGCUGCUCACUUACGGUCGCCUCCCGCUUUACUUGUCAGCGUCAUGGCCACUGCUAAGCUUCUGUCGCAGCCUCUGAUCGACCCCUCUGAGGUACUCAGGCCGGAGCCCCUGCACGCGGGAAAGCCGGUCUCGCAGUUCCGCGACUACACCAUCGACGAGAGUGACCCCAUCAAGGAACGCGUGCGCAGACUCUACCACGCCAUGCACAAGCACCAGACCGUGGAUUUCGUCAAAAGUCGGCACGAGAAGUGGCGCAAGUUCGACAAGUUCCGCGCCCCCAUUCUGGAGGCCCUCGACACGCUGAACAAGCUGGUGGACGAGAGUGACCCUGACGUCGACGUGCCCAACAUCGUGCACGCCUACCAGACGGCCGAGCGCAUCCGUGAAGACUACCCGGACUGCGAGUGGCUGCAGCUCACCGGACUCAUACACGACUUGGGCAAGUUCAUGGCGUUCUACGAUGAGCCUCAGUGGGCCGUUGUAGGCGAUACUUUCCCAGUGGGCUGCGCCUGGGCCGACUCCAUCGUCUACAGGGACACCAGCUUCGUCGACAACCCGGACGGCAAGGACCCACGAUACAACACCAAGUACGGCAUGUACAAACCGCACUGUGGGCUGGACAACGUGCUGAUGUCGUGGGGCCAUGACGAGUACAUGUACCACGCCCUCAGGCACAAUGGCUCGAAGCUGCCAGAAAUAGCGCACAAAGUCAUCCGCUUCCAUUCUUUCUACCCGUGGCACUCGGGUGGAGACUACAUGCACCUCUGCAACGAGGAUGACAUGGAAACUCUCAAGUGGGUUAAGGUGUUCAACAAGUACGAUCUGUACACGAAGAGCGACGAGAAGCCAGAUAUUGAGGCACUCAAGCCGUACUACCAGGGCCUCAUUGACAAGUACCUGCCUGGAAGCCUCAGCUGGUAGUGUUCCACACCUCUCACGGCUAUUCGAACUGUCCGUGAAGUGUGGCCAAACGCUGUUUUUUUCUCAUUGUGCGUAUAUGUGAGUGUCUGGAAAUUUUAUCAUAGCACAACCUGAAUGAUUCACCAAUGUACAGUUUCUCAAUAGAUUCACAUUCAUUAUGUAAGUAAUAUUUUCAUUAAUUGUAAGUCUAUAUGUCUGUAUUCAAUAAAGUGUUAAAUGUAAAAUCA